UCAGACGGAGCCAGUUGGUAACAGACCUUCGAGCGGGUUGCACGCGUGCGGAUCGGCGGUCUCGUUCUGUCCCCGUGUUCGGUCGAGCGUUUCUCAUUUCGAUCGCAUUAGCGUUGCAUUGGAGUGAGUUUCUUGUUUCCUGACGAGGAACGGCGAGUGCCAUCGUCAUUGUCAUCAUCUGUACGACGUCGCGCCGACGACGAUCAGCUGCCAUGGGGCUUAUCGACGGGAUUAUUUGACCCAAGAGAACGACUCCAGGCUCGUCGGUGGGAUCGUGAGUUGUCUCGCGUAAGCGCUGCAAAUCGGUAUGCACUGCCUAGGUGCGGUGACGGGAGGUGGCACCUCCAGCCCGAACGGGGCUGGCGGCCGGGGUGGUGUUCUCAGCGUGUUUCGAGCCCUUGGAGUCCUUGUGUGCGAAGGGAGAAUCCAGGGCCCUCCGCGUGGCUACAAAGAGGGCCACUGCGCACCGCCUAUGCAGGCGGUUCCCAACGACCACGUGUGCGACGAGAACAACUAUCUGUGCAAUCGAUACCGAGUACUAGUUCAAGAGAUCGCUGAACGUCUUUUCAUCGGAUCCUAUCUAUGCGUGGAAGUGCUUCUAUGUAGCGACUGUCCGUGCGGUUUGGGAAAGUCCACAUGCAAAUAUCCCGUGCAUCCCGUGCCGUCCUUAUCAAUCUCACCAUGGCAAAAAUGUGCUUCGGAAAUGUUACUGGAGUACUGGUGUAUUUGCGUUGUCCCGAGCAAGAACUCAGAACCAAUGAAUUUCCAAGGAUUAUAUCAAGCAGUACGUUCACGAUUGCACUUUAGCCAAGUCGCGGCAUGGUGGUCGCGCAGCAACGGCGCGGAGCCAAGCUACAUUGCCACCCGGAUCGUGCCGCACAGCGAGGACAAUCUCAGUAGAUUCCGAGAGACGCCGGUGGAGCAUACCUUCCCCUUGGCUGGUAACGGCGACGGAAAUUCCAUCAAGGUAACGGUUUGGGCACUGCCGCGAAUGGAGGAAAUGCCUGUGCUCACGUGCUCGCUACAUCCGAAAAAGGAAAAGGACGAAGAAGACAUCGCAAGGGCGUUAACACCCACAAAAAGUAUCCCUGGAUCCAUCGGUGUGCAAAACCUCGAGAGCCUCGUCUUGCCUGUUCUGGUGGAUGACAGACUGCAGACUACCUGCAAUAAAUCGGGCAAGCAUGACUGUCGCUGUGAGGAAGAGGAUACGUCUCCUUUAUCGCCCACCAUCAGAUCUAACGGCGAACGGAAACGUCGCCGAUCGCUCCCCUGCGGCCCGGCGGAGAGUCCCUGCGUGACCUUGCAAUCCGCGCCCUUACCGUCUGUUCAAGAAUACAUUCUACAAGAGAUAAAAGACAACAUCAACUCGUCCAGCUUAAAUUCGGGAGGCUCUAUCGAGAUGGCAAACAACAAUCGUAGCGUCAUACGGACUCUACAGAACAAAUCGGAGAACAGAGACGAAGUGAGAACUCGUAACAACUUGAAUUCAGAUCAGUUGGAGCGUUGGUUCAAGAUGCAGCUGAAGAUCGAAAAAGAUGAGGGCAAUUUGGAAAAACGUUGCAAGCGCGCGACUGCAGAAGAAGUCCCGGAGAUUGUUAAUUCAAAAAUUAAUGUUAAUCGGAUCGAGGGAAGCUACAAUAAUUCUAUUAAAAAUUUAAACAAUUCUGGAACCGAGCCAGGUGGCUCAUCUGAGGUUUCAUCCACGGUGAAAAGCGGUGGACUAUUAGACAAUCUCGGAAGUACCUUCGCUCCCGUCAGUUGGUCUUUCGUUUCUUCUUGGCAAAACAGUAAUAUGAAUAGCAAAUUUCAAAGUUUUCGCGGCGCGAAGAUCCGCUUCAAUGAUGCCGAGAAGAAUUACAAAUCGCCGAUUUUUGCGGAUGCGUCCAGUCACGCUUCGGCCGGUCCCUACGCUCAGCCCAAUCCUUUCCACGAGUCAAAUCCCGGACCGUCAACGUAUGAAUUGUUGCAGAAACUAGAUAACUCCGCUUGCACUGUACAUCAGAGUUGUUCCAAAAAUGUCAAUAAGAUAGUUGCGGAAGCGCGAGUGUCGACCGGUCAAGACGCGUUAGAGAUCAACAAAGAAGACAAUAUUGCCAAGAAUAAUCAAAGAAAAGCCGGUAAGAGAGGUCAGUUGUGGGCACUAUCGUCUUCCGACGAGAAGGACAAAAGAGAAGAGGGAGGAUUAUUUGAUUGGUUCAGCAAGGUACCUGGAAGAGUUUUAAGUGUUGCGGCUACCAAGGGUUACGUCGAUAGUGGCAAGACAAAAAAUGGAAGUUUAAAACAACCGGAACAUUUAAGUGGACAACAAGAUACCAACCAAGAAAUCAAAUUCAAGAACUGCAAUUUAGAAUUGAGUCAGCGUGAGGUUAAUGAAGUAUUGGCGGUACUUCGAGCGAGAACACCAUCAGGACGUAGAAGAACCACUGUUAAGAAUAUGAGGAAACGCGGAGAGCGACCCAAUGAAAGAGGCUGUGACGAUGGAAUAGAAAAGGUUCCGACAAAGUGCGCAAAUUCCCACGAAGGAAUAGCUCGGAAUAACUCCAUAAAUUACAACGUCGGAACUGUCCGAGUUUGCUCUCUUAAAUCUUGCGAGGAUUGUAACCGCGGAUUAUGUAAAAAGAUAGAUCAUCAAGUACCGGAAGAGCAGUCGAGCCCCUUGGAUCGAGUCUAUUACGACUUGAACGUUUAUCAUUCAACGCGCUCGAAGCUUACUUGUAACAAUACUAAUAGAUUAAACGAGGAUCCGCGAGUGGAAAACGCAGAUCGCUUGCGGAACGUCUCUACUAAAGCAGACGUGCUGCUCGGAGCGAUUCUGCGGACUACCAAGGACUCCCAAAAGGGCCUGUCAGAUAUCUCAACAAACGGGACCAGAUCGAGAUCAACGACUAAUAUCGACAAUGACAGCGACGAUGAUCUUCAUUCUUCGAAUGCCAAUCAGCAGGAUCAUAAGACAACCCCCAUCUUGUCCAACGAUGAGAAAUCAUUGCCAUUAAAUAAGAGAUUUAAUCGAUUGCGACAGUUGUUCAAGAAAGAAAUGGAUAAGAGGAUUGCCAUGAUGGCUCAAGAGAGUCCAUUUUCACCGGAAAGUUCGCCGAGUUACACGCAUCUGUCACAAUCCUUCGAUUCAUCAUUGCGUUACAACAACGAACAGCCGAAUCUGCAUAAUGCGAGAAACAGCCGGGCGAAACGGCGAAUUGAUUUUGUGAACUUUCCAGAGGAGAUUGGUAAGGAAAAAGAGGCUGCAACGAUGGUUCCAAGACUCAGUACAAAAGACGCACAUCAAAACUCACGUAAAACGCAUAGUACAAAUAAUGAAUGUAACAAUUCUGUGGGCUUAAAUAACCAGAAUCAUCACGAUAGACGGUUGCUCGAAGAUACAAAUGAGGUCGAAGAUGGAGAAUGCAAGACCGCAAGGGACAUUGUUGCUGUUCAUCGGAAGAACGAUUCGAUUAGUUCGACCACUCCGCAGACCGAAUAUUCGUCUUCCAAGGUACGAAACAACAAUAACAAGGACGAUAUCGUGGAGACGGGAGAUGACGAGACUGUCGACAAGAGCGUGCCGUCCGUUCUUGAGCAAGAGAGAUUCCGCAAAUCUCUGGAGAAUGCGGCAUCAAUGGUGUUCCAUAGUAGAACUGGUCUGCCGCUGACUUCUAGUCCGGCACCCUUGAGGAGGGGCAGCUGCUGCUUCGAUUAUGACAGCAGCUUGAAUUCCGUCUCCUCGAAAAGAAACGCAUUAUUCGAAUUGAACACACCGCCGAGUCCAGGUGCAGUCUCAUUGGAAGAGACCGAUCGUGAGACAGAGACUGCCGGUGAGGGCGAAGAGACACCUAAAAGACGCUCCAAUUCUCGCCACCGACCGCAGAGUCACGCUCUUUUAGGUAAUUUUGAGGAAUCGGCAUUGAAUGGCAGACUCGAGCCGGUAUCUACGGUUCACGGUUUCACAGCGGAACUUGGGGCCAGUGGUUCCUUUUGCCCGAAACAUCAGAAGCUUCCAGUCACUGUGUUCUUCUAUACGCUUGGUGACAACGACAAAGUCUCCACACCAUAUCUUGCUCAUAUUAAUCUUGAGAAAAAGGGCUAUCAGGUACCAAGAAAUGGCACCAUCCAAGUAACUCUUCUCAAUCCAUUGGGUACAGUUGUUAAGAUGUUCGUAGUAUUGUACGAUCUAUCUGACAUGCCGCCGCGAUCUCAUACUUUUUUACGUCAAAGAACACUACGGGAUAAAACACUGCGCUACCUCGUUCAUCUUAGAUUUAUGUCCAGUAAAUCGGGUCGAAUUUAUCUGCAUACGGACAUCCGUAUGAUCAUUUGUCGUAAGUCCGAUGUAGAUACGGCGUCGGACUUCGGCUCCGAACCACCGAAAGAACUCAGGAGUUACAUCCACGGCCCUACGAAUCCGAAAUUUUCGCCAAGGUGCUGAGCCACGUGGUACUUUCCAUGGGGCUGCUGCCAAUCGUUCCGCCCGCCCAGUCCCCCUCAAGUCGAAGUGUGAUCCGACAAGAUCCAAAUUGGAGAUUGAUUUUUGUUCUUCUAAGUCUUUGCGAUUCAUGAUGCGGAUAAGAUUAUUUUUUUAUUCUAAUAGAAAGAAGUAAUCGGAAAACGUUCUUAUUAUUUAUUAUUUCUAAAUGUUGUUCUGUUAAAAUUAUAAAACAUCGGGAACACUUGUAGGAAUAAGUUAUCAUGUUAGUUAGAGUUGUAACAAUGUUAAGACGAAAAAUGUGUGUACAUAGUUCUUUCAAAUUAUUAUAAAAAAUAUGUUUUAUGAAUUUUUUUAUUACGAAAAAAUUAUAAGGAUGGGGGAGUGGUCACGAAUCGAAAAUACGCGAGGAUAUUACGCAGAAAGAUAUUUAUGCGAACAAUCGCUCAUGUUGGAAGAAUAAUUUAUAUCAUUGUUCGUGAUACAUCUCUUUCUUUUCCUUUUUGGAUAAUUGUAAUAUGUAGUCAAAACAUCGAGUUCUUUUUGCGUUACUUGUCAGAGAGCCAAAUGUUAGAUAUUGUGGAAUUGUUCCGGCAAUUAAGUUUCAACACAAUUGGUUGGAUAAAACUAACUCGAAAAAUUACGAUUGUGCUCGCAGUGUCAUUUUGAUCGAUGGUUUAUGCUUGCUAUAUAGAAUACUGCGUAUAAGCAAAAUAAUAAUUCCGCGUACAGUAUCUUUGUUUUAAAUUUGUUCUUGUGUCAUAGAAAUUAAUGAUAUUACAUUUCAUAAAUUUUGUUAACUAAAUUGAAUAAUCAUCACUUCUGAUUAAACUAUGAUCAUGGAAAUGAUAAUUGGUCGAUUUAAAGCUCGCAAUGUAUUUUGGAUUUUCUUUGUUCUAUGCGUUUAUACGUAAUAAUUAUUCUAUACUGCUAAUCAUCAAUUUAAUUUACGGAGUUUAUCGCAAAAGCUGGACGAUCUCGUUGGGAGGCCAUUUUCUCAACUUAUUGCUGUAAAUAUAGUUAGACGUAGAGAGUAAGUCGAAUAAGAAUUUUUAAGCAGGAUGAUAACUGCCAUUGUGUGUGUAACACUUUAGGUUGAAACGAAAAAAAAAGAAGUGAUAUAAACGCAGAAAAACGUCGACGAAUUCGGUCUCGCGUUCGGAUCGGAUAUAUGAAUACUAGGAAUGAUCAAAACUGAAUGUGAUUGAAUGAUACGUGCAAUGAAAAGUACAAAGUUUCUUGUGCAUUACUUCAUGUUCUUGCAAUGGAUCAUUAUAAUUUCUGAUGAGAAGAGGAAACAACCGAGAAAAAGAUUGAAAAUUCUUUUCCCGGAAAACGAAUGUGAUUUUUGUGAUUUACAUGAUUGUGAUUUGUUCUUUCUUUUUUGUGAUCCGACGAAUGAACGCGAAUGAACGUGAGUAACCGGAACUCGCGAAUUUUUCCCUGGAUUAAAAAAUGGUUAUUUACACAUACAUAUAUGUACAUAUAUAUGUAUAUAUAUAUAUAUAUAUAUAUAUAUAUAUAUAUAUAUAUAUAUAUCAGAACACAAUCUUUGUGUCCGUAGCACUGUGAUGAAUAUUUUGAUAGACUAUAAAAAAAGAGUAAUUGUAAUUACUAUUAUUAUUGUUAUUACAAAAUAACACUAUUUCUGCGUAGUGAAUAUGUCGUAGAUUUAUCGAUUCUACUAAUAAUUCGUGCGAAGAAAUAUAAUAGUGUAAUUUACUAAUUAGCGCCAGAUUCAUACGCUCGUUUUAGAAUCGUUUAAGGCAAAUGAAAAGUGACACUCGCGUUUUCCUUUAUUUUUCUAACGAAGUUCUAUGUGGAUUGCGCGAAGAAAUUGCGCGAACGGUUAGGAGAGUUUACAUUCGAUUGGUGAAUUUUUCACAUAUGCUUUACAUGGAAUAAUCAUGAUUUGCACUUAAUUAUUUUGAAGAUAUGAAGCAUUUAAUCAUGAAAUUAACUGUAUAAAUCAAAAAUUUGAAUAUGAGUAUACAUACAUAUAUAUAUAUAUAUAUAUAUAUAUAUAUAUAUAUAUAUAUAUAUAUAGAUACAUACAUAUAAAUGUAUAUGUUUGUAUACAUCUACAAUAUUGUGUGCAAUUAAAAGUUUUUGUGAUAUCUAACAUUUUAUUUGUACAGUUAAAUACAUCAUACAAUUGUUUCAUACUCGAUAGACAAAAGGAAUACAUGCAUAUGCCAUGUAAAAAUUUUCGUUAUUUAAUGAAUAUUUUAAUGUUACAGCUGUGAUUUCACUCAAAAUUAAUUAUUAGCGAAAAAAUGAGAGAAUAAAGGUUCCUUUACCGUUUGCGCUAUUUUGGAUUACAUAACUUAUGUAAAGGCAGCUUUUAUUAUCCACAGAAAUUAAUUGUAAUAUAUGCAACAGAAUAAUCUUUGAUUCGGCAAUGAGAUAAAGCGUGAAAUUUUUCUGGAAGACUCUUAAGUCUCAAAUUAUAAAAUAACGAGAUGCAUAAAAGAGUUGUUGUACGUAUAUAAUAAAGAGGGACUAUUUUCAAUUGUGAUUUUCUAAUGGAGCAAUUGAAUAAUGUAUAUAAGCAUAUAGUAAUCAAAAACAUAACAUACAUAGUUUUGGUUGUAAAAAAAUAUUUCGAUGCUUUAAUAUUUUCUUUUUUUUAUUUGAUUUUAUAUUUAUUUCGUCAUUAUUUUUAUAAAGAAAUGAAUAUUCUUUACAAACAAUUUUAAUCGCUUAAAAAAAUCGCAUAAGCUUACACUUAUCUUUCUCUUAUAAACGUACUAAAGUCUUUCACAAGGAGAUACAUAUUUUAAAUACAUAUUUUAAAAAAUUGUAUCUUGAUUUUUUUCUUAGGGAGAGAAAAAGAGAGAGACCUUUUAUAUGAUCAAUGUUUAUUUUAUUUUGUUUUUUUUUAUUAUUAUUUUUAUUUUUUUUUUUUUGUUUGUAAAAUGAGUGUUACAAUAUCAUGUAAUUUACAUGCUUUCGUACGUAAGAUCGAUGAUGGGAGGAAAUAGAUUUUGAUUCUAUUCUCAUUUGAAGGAAGAACGAGUGUAAAUAAAUUAUUUUAAUUAUUUCAGAUCGCAAUAUCGCGACAGUUUGCACAGCACAAUCUAAUUAUUUUAUUCCGCGCAUUCUUUUUAUUCUCGAAAAGGAUUAUAUACACAUUAUCUCGAUAAUAGAUCGACGAUAAUGAAAUCCACAUGCCACUUUUUUGCAAUCCGCCAGCUCGAUUCGUUAGACAUGCGUGUCUUUUAGAGAUGUUCUCCGAAAUAUUGUACAGAAUGACAGCGAGAAGGGAUCGCGUUCCUCGCUUUAACGAAAACGAUUGCGAUAAGCGUUGUUAAAUACAUUUUGUCGAUGUUUUCUUUUUUGACAAAUAAAGUAGAGUGUCGAGAUUAAUUGUUGUGGUAAAUCGAUUAAAGUUUACUCGAGGAACAAGUCCUAACACACAGGACUCGUAGGAAAAAUAUUUCAAGCAGCGCGUAUCGUAGAACAUAUAUAUAGCAGAAUGGCAAGGAUAUGUAUAGAUAUAAAUAUAUAUCACUGCCGUAUAAUACACAUAUAUGUACAUAAUUUAUACAGGGUGAUGCAUGAAAAGUAGCCCGGUGCCUUCAUCGUGUCUCUUUCUCUAUAUGUACAGCAAUGAAAGUUUUAUUAAUAGUAAAAAAAAAGCAACAAAUGAUGAAGAGAAAACAUUCUUUAAUAAGAUAAUUUUCCAAAUAAGACACACAUAUUUGUGUGUCUCUUUCAUUAUUAAUAAAACUCUCAUCGACGUUUCGACGCUUUAAGAUCUGCUAAGACCUAUCUACCUUUUCUCGCAUCACCCCGUAAAAUAGACGACCACUUUGCGGCGAUUGUAAUCGAUUUUAGCUGUAUUUUUCUGGCUUGAUCGAGAUCUUGUUAGUCACAAGUUCACAGAGAAGUAAGCAAAUACAUCAAACGAUAUGUGCAUGGAAACCAAUAUUCUAACAUAUACCUUGAAUACCUUUAAUCAAAUGCAAUUACCUUUCGUAGGAUUCCUUUUAAUUGAUACAUGUUUCUUCUUUUGA